CAUUGCCCUUUCUUUUCUCUCACCACCGCCGAUCUCUCAGUCCUGGAAGAGGCUGGGCUGUUUUUCUGCUCACUGUUUUAUGUUCAUGAAUGCUCUGAUCAGAAAGGUCUGACCGUCCUGAAAGUCACACAAAAAAAGUUAAGUAAAGCAGGAAAAUUCCUGCGCAGCCGGAGCUCCAUCAAACCACGGGAAACCCCGAAUUUCUUGUGGUUUGCUCAAGGUAGUCUCAGGCAGGCACACAGUCCCUCUGCAAAGCUCCACCUCUGCACCUGCUGCUCCUGGGUUGCUAGGACACAGAGGGCGUGGUAGGAGGGAGGCAGUCUUGUUCCGCCCUCCCGCCCGCUGCUCUAAGUCGGUCCGCUUAAUUGGUCUUAUUAGUUGUCUGACCUGAGCCAUCUAACUGUGUAGCUCCCGGAGCGCUGGCAUAGGCUUAGCGCCCUCGCACCGCCCGCGCUCCCUCCCUGCCGCCGCUGCCGCUGCCGCCGCCGCCACUGUCACCCACAUCAUCGCUUCUGCUCUCCUCCCGCGCCCAGGGCAUGCUCCGAGGUCCAGCACCCGGUCCCGGCAGUGGCCAGGCUCUCAACCAGUCUGCGGAGACAUGAGGCCCGGUCCUCGGGCUGCCCUGGUUCUGGGGCUGCUGCACGUUUACCUGGCCCAAGCCAACUUUGCCCCUCACUUUUUUGACAAUGGAGUGGGCAGCACUAAUGGAAACAUGGCCCUGUUCAGCCUCCCAGAAGACACUCCUGUAGGUUCUCACGUGUACACCCUAAAUGGGACUGACCCCGAGGGAGACCCUGUCUCCUACCACAUCAGCUUCGACCCCAGCACCAGAAGUGUCUUUUCUGUUGAUCCCAGGUUUGGAAACAUCACCCUGGUGGAAGAACUGGACAGAGAGAAGGAAGAUGAGAUAGAAGCCAUCAUCAGCAUUUCCGAUGGCCUCAACCUGGUGGCAGAGAAAGUUGUGAUACUGGUGACAGAUGCCAAUGACGAGGCGCCAAGGUUCAUCCAGGAGCCCUACACUGUCCUGGUUCCAGAGAACACACCGGCUGGGAGCAGCAUCUUUAGGGUCCACGCAGAGGACAAGGACACUGGCUCUGGAGGCAGUAUCACCUACUUCCUACAGAACCUCCACUCCUCCAAGUUCACCAUGGACCGCCACAGUGGCGUGCUGCGUCUCCAGGCUGGAGCCACACUGGACUACGAGAAGUCGCGAGCUCAUUUCAUCACUGUGGUCGCCAAGGAUGGUGGCGGCAGGCUUCGAGGGGCUGAUGUGGUCUUCUCAGCCACCGCCACAGUCACCAUCAACGUGGAAGAUGUUCAGGACACGGCACCCAUUUUCGUGGGUACACCUUACUAUGGCUAUGUGUACGAGGACACCCUUCCGGGCUCGGAGGUGCUGACCGUGGUUGCCAUAGAUGGAGACCGAGGCAAACCCAACCGCAUCCUCUACAGGCUCUUGAAUGAGAGUGAUGGAGUCUUUGCAAUUAACGAGACAUCUGGAGCCAUCUCCGUCCUUCAGAGCCCCACGCAGCUCCGGAGAGAGGUGUAUGAGCUUCACGUCCAGGUGACAGAGGUCAACUCUCCAGGAAGCCCAGGUGCUCAGGCCAUGGUCCCAGUCACCAUCAGGAUUGUGGACCUCAACAACCACCCCCCAACUUUCUAUGGAGAAAGUGGGCCCCAGAACAAGUUUGAACUGUCCAUGUAUGAGCACCCACCUCAGGGGGAGAUCCUCCGUGGACUCAAGAUCACUGUCAACGACUCUGACCAGGGAGCUAAUGCCAAAUUUAACCUACGGCUGGUGGGACCUGGAGGGAUCUUCCGAGUGGUGCCACAGACAGUCUUGAAUGAAGCCCAAGUCACCAUCAUCGUAGAGAACUCAGCCGCCAUUGACUUUGAAAAGUCGAAGUUGUUAACCUUCAAGCUCCUGGCCAUUGAAGUGAAUACCCCAGAGAAGUUCAGUUCCACCGCAGACAUUGUGAUCCAGCUUCUGGACACCAAUGAUAAUGUCCCCAAGUUCACCUCUCACUACUACAUUGCCAGGAUCCCAGAGAACGCCCCAGGGGGCUCCAACGUGGUGGCUGUCACAGCUGUGGAUCCAGAUACAGGACCAUGGGGCAAAGUUCAGUACUCCAUCUAUGGGACCGGGUCAGACCUAUUCUUGAUUCAUCCAUCAACGGGGCUUAUCUACACUCAGCCCUGGGCCAGCCUGGAUGCCGAGGGCACGUCGCGGUACAACUUUUACGUGAAGGCCGAAGACAUGGAUGGGAGGUACAGCCUGGCAGAGGUGUUUGUCACUCUGCUGGACGUCAACGACCACUACCCCCAGUUUGUGCAGAGCAUCCAGGAGAAGACGAUGGUGCUGGGAACCCCAGUGAAAAUUGAGGCUACGGACCAGGAUGCAGAGGAGCCAAACAACUUGGUCGACUACUCCAUCACCCAUGCAGAGCCAGCCAAUGUGUUUGACAUUGAUGCUCACACGGGAGAGAUCUGGCUCAAGAAUUCCAUCCGCUCCUUGGAGGCUCUCCACAACAUCACACCCAGUGGGGACUACUCGUGGUCCCUACAGGUGCAGGCCAAGGACCGAGGCUCCCCAUCUUUCAGCACAACAGCCUUACUCAAGAUCGACAUUACAGACACAGAGACGCUCUCCCGAGGUUCCAUGGCUGCCUUCCUCAUACAGACCAAGGACAACCCCAUGAAGGCUGUAGGUGUGUUGGCCGGCGUCAUGACUAUUGUUGUGGCCAUAACCGUCCUCAUCUCUACCGCCACCUUCUGGCGUAACAAGAAGUCCAACAAGGUCCUGCCUGUGAGGCGUGUGCUCCGUAGAAGGCCCAGCCCUGCACCCCACGCCGUUCGCAUAGAGUGGCUCAAAUUCAGGAGGGCCAAGGCUGCUACCAAAUUCAUACUCAAAGAGGAGCCUCCCAGUGAGAACUGCGAUUCCAGCAGGGCAGAAACCACAGUGCCCCCCAGAGCUCCAGCUCUCCCGCCACCCCCCAGAAUGGUAUCCAGUACAGUGGCCCAACGGGCAGUGCCUACUGUCUCUGGAUCCCUUGCCCCACAACCACCCCGGCAGUUACCCAACCACAAGCACUUAGGAGGCCCCGUUCAGUCCUCUCUGGUCUCUGAGCUCAAGCAAAAGUUUGAGAAGAAGAGUCUUGACAACAAGGCUUACUUCUAGAAUGUCCCCUGAUUGUUUUCUUCCCGUCCUCCUGUACUGACUCUCAAGGUCACCUCUCUUUUAUACAAUGUUGCUGCCCUGUAUACGGGGCUCUGCAAAGGGCUUUGGGCAAAAGAUUCCUCAGCCGGAUUGCAGUUGGCAAAUACAGGCCCACUACCCAAGUUCUUGGCACAGUUACAGUGCUCCCUAUUCUUCAGAGAAUAGAAAUCCACAAGGAAUCAAGUCUGUGUGUUUCUACUCACCAAGCCUAGACCCCACAGAGAUUGAAGACCUACGGGGACCUUGCCAUCCUUAGUUGUGAAGUAGGGCCCAGACCACGGGUGGCAAAACUGGCAAGAAUCUAGAUCCUGAAGCUUCAGCUAAUAGCAGGUUGAUGAAGGUUUGUUCUCAGCUAAAGCUGAAAAUCAGUGAGCUUUGUGAGCUAUAGGAAAGGGCCCCAAAGCUCUGAAAACCCAUGUUAACUAUAAGAUUCUAUGCCCAAAGCCAGUGGACAAUAGAACUGGCAUCUAGAAAAGACUGGCUCCAGACUUGUAGGUGAUCGCGUAAGGUGAUCUUUCCCAAGAGUGGGCGCAGAAGUCUCCAGCCUAGCUUGAAGAGACAGGGGUGGAUAUCAGGCCUGAGCCCAGUUUUGAUUCAGCUCUUCUCAAGUGACAUGACCUUAGAGAUAUUGUUUAAACUCUAGCUGUCUUCUUCCUUGUCUGAAAAAUGAAGCAAGCAAACCCUAAGCAAACAGUGACCUGAAAGCUUUAACCAAGUGCAGAGCAGCAGGAUUGCAAAGUAUUCGUCCUAGGCCAGCUCUCUGGCCACACUUCAUCCAGUAAGUAUUAGCACCUUCAGUGACGCCACCUAGUGUCCCCAGGAGGGACGAUGCUGUAAUCGGGGACAGCCACUGCCCUAGACAGUCGUAGCCUGAUAAUGACCUUCCCUGGACUCACACAAGUUUUCUUCCACCCAUGUCACUCACAAAGAACCAGUCAGGCAGUAAUAUUCAGCACAGCUCUGAGAAACAAGUCUCCCAGAGUGACUGGCUCCAUGCACACAGCGGAUCCGUAGCAGGAAUCUAGUUCACGAGCUCCACGUCCACACCAUUUUUCUCUAGCGGGGACACACACCUUGUUAGCAUGUGAUAAUCUUGCAGGAGAGAAAUCUUGCACUCUGCCAUGGUUAAUACACAAAAGUUCUGUUUUCCUUUGAGGAAUCUUUUAAAGGAAAUCUAGAUACGUACGUAUGUUUUUCAAAGCCCUCCAGGAUUCCGUGCUUUCUGAUGUGAUCAGAUUGUAUGAACAUGUGCUUCUCUUGAUACCCCAGUCCAUGUUUUGAGGUGUUACACAGAUGUGUUAGUAAGCAGAGUCCUCAUCUAGAGGUCUGCAGUCACUAGCUCACACAGUAUUGAGGGAUGAACACUGGCCGUCCAUCUGGACACCAAGAGUCCCACCCAGAAGGCACUAUCUAGCCCGAGUCUCAUUUGGAAGGCACUGUCUAACCCGAGUCUUGCUGAAAGGCACUGUCUAACCCAUGGUUCAGGAAAGUGUUGGCCUGGACCAUGUUGCAUCACAGGGAUUUCAACAUCCUAUGAUAUGCAUGCAGUUAAACUCUUUUGUAAAUGCUAAAUAAAACCUAUCAUUCAAAGGAUAAACUGA